AUGAGCAGUGAAGAAGCUUUCGAUGCAGCCUUAGAUUUGUUGCGUAGGUUAGAUCCAACUCAUAUUCAGAAACAUUUAUUGAAUUUGAUUGAACUUGAACCAAGUUUGGCAGAAGAUUUGUUGUCAUCUACUGAUACACCAUUGUCUGUUCAACGUGAUCCUAAAUCAUCUCAAAGGGAGUAUCUAUGUUGUGAUUAUAAUAGAGAUAUUGAUUCUUAUAGAUCACCAUGGUCCAAUGAUUACUAUCCACCGUUGGCUGAUGCUGAUUUAGUGGAGUCUCCAUUCCCAUCAGGUUCUUUGAGAAAGCUGGAAAUCAUUGCUAAUGAUUCUUUUGACAUAUAUAGAGAUUUAUACUAUGAGGGUGGUAUUUCAAGUGUUUAUUUAUGGGAUUUGGAAGAAGAAUCAAGAGACUUUGCAGGUGUUGUUUUAUUCAAAAAAAGUGAUCAAAGCUCAAGCAAUUGGGACAGUAUUCACGUUUUAGAAGUUAUUUUUGAGAACGAUGUAGAAGCUACUUAUAGGGUUACUACUACAAUCAUAUUACAUUUAGAUAAGCAACAAAAAAUUACACUUUCAGGUAAUUUAACUAGACAAACUGAAAAGACCCUAUCAGUACCAUCAGAUGCUACUGAAGAACAAUUGAAUGUAGCUCAUAUCACUAAUUUGGGUACCUUAAUUGAAGAUAUUGAAUCACAAAUGAGAAAUUUACUAGAAACUGUUUAUUUCGAGAAAACUAGGGAUAUUUAUCAUGAAGUAAGAAGCAGUAUCACUGGUUCUGAUAAACUGAAUAAAGCUAACCAAGAAGAAGUUAUUAAAGGUCUGCAAAACUUAUAG